AUUUCAUUCAUUCACCAACUGUCUGUUACAAGCGUCAAAUGUGUCGUGUGAUAAUGUAUUGGUUUGUUAAAAUAUUAGGACUAUUUUCCUUAGUUCUUUGUAACGUUACUCCAUCACGAAUAGUGAAUUUGACUCAAGGUCCCGUGCGUGGGUAUAAAGAUAAAAAUUUAGACGUAUUUAUUUUUUACGGUAUUCCUUAUGCAACAGCGCCAACCGGCCAGGACAAGUUCAAGGCACCUCUUCCACCACCAGUUUGGUCAGAGCUGUUUGAAGCAGUCGAUAACAAUAUAAUAUGUCCACAAAAUGAUGUAACACAAAUGAUACGAGGCAGUAAAAAUAUUAAGGAAGAUUGUCUUAUUGCUAAUGUAUACAUGCCUGAAAAAAACGAAGAACUACUUCCAGUUUUGGUGCGUUUUCAUUCUGGAGCCUACGCUUUUGGCCAUGGAGAUAUAUCACAAAGUGAACAUUUGGUAAAAAGUAAAAAAAUUGUAGCUGUAACGUUUAACCACAGGCUAGGUGCACAUGGUUUUCUUUGUCUAGGUACAAAAGACGUGCCGGGAAAUGCUGGUAUGAAGGAUCAAGUGGCAUUACUCCGCUGGGUCAAGAAUAAUAUAGAAAAAUUUGGUGGUAACCCUAACGAAGUCACAAUAUCAGGUCAUGAUACAGGUUCCUCAUCGGUAGAUAUUUUAAUGAUAUCCAAAACGGCUCAAGGUUUAUUUAAAAGAGUCAUCGCAGAGAGUGGAGCAAAUACAGCGGCAUUUAGUGUUCAGACUGAUCCUAUUAAAAAUGCUAAACGAUAUUCAGAAUUAUUUCAAAGGGAAAAUUUAGAUGACCUUAAUGACUUAGAAUUGUUUUACAAAAACCUGUCUAGUACAGAAUUAAAUUCAAAAAAUACACUAGCCAGACCAGAUUCCACUUUUUUGAUGUCCCCGUGUGUGGAACGUGAUGUGGGUCAAGAAAUAUUACUAGAUGAUAAUCCAGUUAACAUAUUAAAAUCUGGAAAUUUUGAAAAACGCCCAAUGUUGUAUGGUUUUAGUGAAAUAGAUGGACAGUUACGACUUCUAUAUUUGGAGUUCUGGGAGUUUUGGAUGAAUAUACGCUUCUUAGAAUUUCUGCCAGCUGAUUUACAAUUUGAAGAUAUAAAAGAAAAACGUAAAGUUGCGGAACAAAUUAAACAAUUUUAUUUCGGUGAUAAAACGAUAGGAAAAGAGACAGUUGCAGAGUUUGUAAAAUAUUUCACAGAUGUUAUGUAUGCGUAUCCAGUAUUAAGAUCGGUAAAAUUUCAGGUUGAAGCCGGAAAUAAUCAAGUAUUUUUAUGUAUGUUUUCGAAAAAAAAUUUUGAAAGUCCAGCGAUGAUAUUUAAAAACACCACUUUAGUAGAUCAAUGUCCUAAAGCGAUUGGGGUCCUAAAUGAUUAUUGGGAAGAAAUAAAAGAAGAUGGAUACGGUGCGGUGGAUCUUAAACCAGUAGAAGAAAUACUUCCACAAGUUGUGUUAAAUUUUAUAAUUUCUGGGGAACCUGUUAUUCCUGGCUCCAAGAUAAGAUGGCAACCAGUAGGCGCUAAUUGGUCACCUUAUAUGCACAUUGGUAGAACGUUUAAGCUGAAGAAAUCGUUGUUAAAGAAAAGAGCACUGUUUUGGGAAAACAUCUACAACAAAUACUAUCGUUUUCCAACCCCACCGCCAGCCCCUGCACCAAAAGAUAACGAUUAAAUAGAAAGUAAAUAAUAAAUAAGACUGGUACUUUAACUUUUAAACAAAUUUAUUGUGCAAGUUUUAUACUACAUAUUAUUGACAAAGUCGGACUUAUAAGUUAUCGGUACUAUGAGUUGUAGAACAUAAAUUACCUACUUACUUUAGUUACUCAAAUUUAUCAUCGAGAUUUUCCUAUAUAUAUAUAUA